AUGGUGUUGUUUACCAGUGGAGAUUGGCUGGGAGACACACCUAUUGAAAAGUACAUCGAGAGUGAAGAGGCACUGUGGCCACUAGUGGAGAAAUGUGGGAAUAAAUAUCAUGUCUUUAUCAACAAGAAUACAGGAGAUGAUACACAGCUUACACAGCUGCUGGAGAAGAUUGAGGAGAUGGUAGCAGGGAACAGCCACUGUCACUUUGAGAUGGACCGACUGAGACUGGAGAAAAUACUGAGAAGAAAGAAGAGAAAAGAUGAGAGAGUGAAAGAAAGACUGAUGAAUGUGGAGAAGCAAAGACAACUCCUCCAGUCACUGAAACGACCUCACAUCCUUUUAUUGCUUCUGAGAAUAGUUGAUUCCUUUACACUGGAUGACAUUAGAAACAUUCAAGAACAUCUGGAGUUUCUCAGUGACAGAGUCUGGAGUCACACCAUGGUGCUGUUUACCCGUGGAGACUGGCUGGGAGACACCAACAUUGAGCAGUACAUUGAGAGUGAACUCCAGCCUCUCUCUGAGAUGAAGGUCAUGCUGCUGCAAUAUGUUGAGGAGUUUGCUUCAGAACAAGACAGUGACAGAGCUGAGAUGGCAGAAGGAGUCUCGCUUCACUGUGGGGAGAGACAGGAGAUCAGGCGAGGUCAAGAGAUCACCAAUAUUAAUAUGACACCAAGUAAGAACACUCUAGAAGAGACUAAAGCAGAGUUGAUGUCUCUGUGUGAUCCUGGUCCACAUGCUUUUGUGCUGAGAGUCGACACUGAGCUUCACUUUACUGAGAGAAGAAGGAGACAAUUCCAGACACAUCUGGGGCUUCUUGGGGACGGAGUUUGGGAUCAUGCCAUAGUGAUGUUUGACUCCUCUGAUGACCGGUUGGCAGACAGGAACAUUGAGGAGUACAUUGAAAAUGAAGGAGAGACCCUGCAGUGGCUGGUUGAGAAAUGUGGGAACAGGUAUGUUCACUGGACAGGUAAGGAGAGCUGGCCAGGUGUACUGAAGAAGAUUGAUGAGUUUGUGGUUCUCAAUGGAGGAAGCCAUUUCCAGUAUGAGGAGAGGAGGACAAAUGAGACCAAAGCAGCAGACUGGAAGAUGGAGGUGCAGCAGCUGGAGGAACUGAAGGAGGAGAAUGAGCUGGUGAAGAGCAUCGAGCCUCCUCUCAUGGAUCAAACAGAUGUCAUCUCUGAGAAAACAUCUGGCUACGGGACAUUCAUCCCAGACACAGCAUCUGAAGCCCCAUCAGAUCAACACUCUCUGAUGUCAGGAGCUACCAGCUCUGGGAUUGGCUCUUCAACAUCUGGAAGACUGGAAGGUCACAAAGAGUGUGAGGAUUUUAACAUAUAUUUAAAUUGA